AUGUCUGUCAAUCCCAUGGCCUACGAAGCACAGUUCUUUGGCUUCACCCCCCAGACUUGCAUGCUGCGCGUCUACAUCGCAUUCCAGGACUACCUCUUUGAAAUGAUGCUGGUGGUUGAGAGCGUAAUCCUGAAGAAGCUGGACGGGUUUCCCGACUGUAAAAUCAGCCCCUUCCAAAUCCGGAAAAGCACGGAGAAAUUUCUUCUCUUCAUGAAGGAGCACUUUGACAAACUCUUCAGUAAAAUGGAAGAAGUGCUUCUGCAGCUGGUGUUAAACAUCCCUAAGAACGUGCUUCUUCCCGAGGACAAGGUCCAUGAGCAGUACCCCUACAGCAAAGAACAGUUCCAGGCGCUUCAGGAUGAGGUCUGUCAGCUCCAGAAGCAAUGCAGGGCUGAGGUAUCUGCUGGGCAGGCACUGCGAGCAGAACUGGAAGAACAGAAGGCUGUUCGGGCUGAGCUUGAGAAGAUUUUACAAUGGUUUGAUGGGCUUGAGAAUAUCUGUAGGGAGCACGGGACCAGCAACUUCAAAGAAAGCUUUGCAUUCUUGACACAGAACUCUAAGAAACUGCAAGAUGUGCUGAAAGAUGUUGAAGAGAAAAGCAAAAAAAUAAAGAAACAUGAUCAGUUAUUGUAA